AUGGAGGAGGCUUCCUACAACCAAAUCUACCACUACGGCUAUUUCCUCCUUCCACUUCUCUUCCUCUCCAUCUACUACUUAUUAACCUCCGGCCGCCGCGGAGGCCGGAAACUCCCUCCCGUUCCCCCGGGCGCCCUCCCGAUCGUGGGCCACAUGAGGCUCCUGAAGCACCCAGUCCACCGAGCCUUCCAGGCCCUGGCCCGCGACCACGGGCCCAUCUUCUCCCUCCGGCUCGGCAGCCAGCGCGCGGUGGUGGUCUCCUCGGCGGCCCUGGCGGAGGAAUGCUUCACAAAGAACGACAUCGUUUUCGGCAACCGCCCGCACUUCAUCCUGGGGAAGCACCUGGAGUACGACAACACCACCGUCACCAUGUCCCCCUACGGCGAGCACUGGCGCAACCUCCGCCGCAUCGGCGCCGUCGAGAUCUUCUCCACCGCCCGCGUCAACUCCUUCACCUCCAUCCGCCGCGAGGAGGUCCACCGCAUCGUCGCCAGGCUCAUGACGGGAGGCAGGCAGCGCGUGGAGCUGACGUCGGCGUUCAACGACCUGGCCUUCAACAACAUGACGAGGAUGGUGGCCGGGAAGAGGUACUACGGCGGCGGGGCGAGCGAGAGCGACGCUGAGGUGGCGAAGGAGUUCACGAAGAUAAUGAAGGAGGUGGCGGAGCUCGGUGGGGCCACCAACGCGGUGGAUUUCGUGCCGUUGAUGAGGUGGCUGGACCGCGGGAGGUUCGAGAAGACGGUGAAGGAGCUGGCCGGGAAUAUGGACCGGUUCUUCCAAGGGCUGAUUGAGGAGCACAAGAGUAAGGAGGAGAAGUUGGAGUCUACCAGCACCAUGAUUGACCGCUUGAUUGCGUUGCAGGAGAAUGAUCCUGAGAGCUACGAUGACCAGUUGAUCAAAGGCCUUGCUCUGGUCAUGCUGCUGGCCGGAACCGACACCAACGCAGUAACGCUAGAAUGGAUCAUGUCAAACCUUCUGAACCACCCGGACGUACUGGCCAAGGCAAGGGACGAGAUCGAAAACCAAAUCGGGUCGGACCGCCUGAUCGAGGAGACCGACCUCCCCAACCUGCCCUACCUUCACAACAUCAUCUCCGAGACCCAGCGGCUGUACCCGCCGACGCCGAUGCUCGUCCCCCGCAUCUCCACCGACGACUGCGUGGUCGGAGGUUACCACGUGCCGCGGGACACCAUACUCAUCGUCAAUGCGUUUGCCAUCCACAGGGACCCCAGCCUCUGGGACGAUCCGACGACGUUCAGGCCCGAGAGGUUCGAUGAAAUCAGCGGUGCAAAGGAAGGUGGGAGGUUCUUGGCUUUUGGAAUGGGCCGGAGGUCCUGUGCGGGCCAGGGUGUGGCCCUGCGGGUCGUGGGCUUGACCCUGGGGACGUUGAUUCAGUGCUUUGAUUGGGAGAGAGUCGGGGAGGGAGAGGUUGAUAUGGCGGAAGCCAAAGGGAUCACGAUGCCGAGGGAGACGCCGUUGGAGGCGGUCUGUGUACCUCGUCCCAACAUGAAGAGAUUCUUCCCGUGA